AUGGAAGACGUAGAGAACGAAAAUUCGCCGCAUGGUGUCGGUGAAAAUGUUCAGAAAGAUGUUCAGGAAGAUGUGCAGAAAAACGUCAAAAGCCGCCUCAAUAAUGAUGGGGGAUUGGAUAUGAAGACUUUAUUUGUCAGAGGUAUUCCAACUGAAGUUACUGAUGGAGAAUUGGGCGAAUUUUUUUCUAGUUUUGCUCCGAUCAAGCAUGCUGUGAUUGUCAAGAAUGCAGAAAAAAUAUCAAGAGGAUUCGGGUUUGUUAGUUUUGCGGUCGAAGAUGAUACUAAAGAGGCUUUAAAGCAAGCGAGGAAGACGAGACUCAAUAAUCAACUCCUUAGGGUCGAUGUUGCCAAGAGAAGAGAUCGUACCAGAGAAAAUGCUGAUAAGAUAGCGAAGGCGAAGGCUGAUGAGCUUCCAGAAAACAUUGCUUCUGCCGCUCGUUUUGAUGAAGAAUCUUUAUUGAAAGGCAAACCAAAGUUAAUUAUCAGAAAUAUGCCAUGGAGCUGUCGUGAUCCCCAAAAGCUAAAGAAUAUCUUCAGCAGAUAUGGAACCGUGGUGGAGGCUACUAUCCCCAGAAAACGUGACGGGAAGCUAUGUGGGUUUGCAUUUGUUACCAUGAAGAGAUUGGCAAACUGCCAUAACGCCAUUGAAGAAUCUAAAGAUUUAAAGAUCGAUGGAAGGAAAGUUGCAGUUGAUUUCGCUGUUCAGAAGAAUAAAUGGGAGGACUUUAAGACGUUAUCAAAAGCAGAUGAAGACACAGAAAAGGGCGAUGAGGCGAAAGAAGAAUCUGAAUCCCGCUCAACAUCUGGAAGUGAUGAUGAGGAAAGUGAUCAAUCCGAGGAAGAAGAAGGUGCAGAAAACGAAGACGAAGAUAGCGAGGAGGAAGAAGUUCAUAAAAAGGCAAAUACACCACUAAGGAACACAGUAGAGAACUAUUCCAUUUUUGUUAGAAAUGUUCCAUAUGAUGCCACAGAAUCUUCGUUGGCUGAUCACUUUAGCAAGUUUGGGCCUGUAAAGUAUGCAUUGCCCGUUAUUGAUAGGGAGACUGGUUUGGCAAAAGGUACAGCUUUUGUUGCAUUUAAAAAUGAGGAUGCCUGCAAAAAUUGUCUGCGUAACGCACCAGCUGCGGGUGCCACUUCUUUAUUGAUCGGUGAUGAUGUUUUACCAGAAUACGUGUAUGAGGGUCGUGUUCUAUCAAUAUCGCCCACCUUGAAACGGGAAGAUGCCGGGAAUAUGGCCGAAAGAAAUGCUGCAAAGAGGAAAGAAGCAUUUGGUAAAUCGCCUGGUGAACGUGAUAGACGUAAUAUGUAUCUCCUGAAUGAAGGUAAAGUUACAGAAGGCUCUAAAUUGGCAUCUCUGCUUUCCGUGAAGGACAUGGAGAUUAGAGAUGCGUCUUUUAAACUGAGAGUAGAACAAUUGAAAAAAAAUCCAUCUUUGCAUUUAUCGAUGACCAGAUUGGCCAUAAGAAAUCUUCCAAGAGCUAUGACUGAUAAAGGUUUAAAGGCGUUGGGAAGAAAAGGUGUCGUUGAGUUCGCUACACAAGUUAAAAAUAAUGAGAGGCAUCCAUUGAGUAAGGAAGAACUUGUAAGGUCAACGAAGGAGAAAUAUAAAUUCAUGUCUCCCGAGGAUAUAGAGCGUCAAAAGAAAAAAGAUAGGAAACAUGGUGUUGUCACGCAAGCGAAAGUCAUCAUGGAAGUCAAGGGGUCCUCGGUCGGCAGAAGUAGAGGUUACGGUUUCAUCGAAUAUAAAGAUCAUAAGCAUGCAUUAAUGGGUUUGAGAUGGCUUAAUGUGCAUCAAGUAACUAAAAGCGAAGUGAUGGAGGGACUUGACGAGAAAGAGAAAAGGGCAGCGGAUUCAGAAAGUUUUACUGCGAGACGUUUAUGUGUUGAAUUCGCCAUCGAAAAUGCAAAUGUGGUAAAGAGAAGAAGAGAAAGGGUCAAGCAAGCCAGAGAUACAUCAAAAAGAAAGUAUGAAGACGAACCAUCCACUACGGAAGCGGAGGCCAACAAAAGACCUAAGCUGGAGAAUGCAGGCGAGGACCAAAAGAAGAAGCAGAGUGAUAUGAGUGACGAGACCAAGAGGCUCAUCGGUAUCAAACGUAAAAGAAAGAGUCACAAACGCUAG